GUUUUUUGGCAACUCCCCUACCCUCUUAGCCUUGCAAACUUGUCACCCGAAAGACUACCUCAUGUUAGGUAAAUGAAUGAAUGAGUGAUAAGUCACAUUGCAUUUGGUAGAUUUUAACCAGUCAUUGGUAUUGACAUCAGUAUUAACUCGUUGUAGGUGAUAUUCCAUUAAGAAGCAGGUUCAAUAGUGGUUCAAGAGUAAGAACUUGUUGUACUUAGGUGAUAAAGACUUUGUAGGUGGCAAAGACUGAUAGCUCCUGAGAAAGACUAGGAGAAACAAAGACAAGAAUGUUGCCUGUAGCACCCGGGCUUUCGCCGGAGGAGGUGGCGUCGAGGCCAGGAGUGACUGCGUUCGCCAACAGCCUCCCGGACUAUGGUAAUCCAGCCAGUUUGUUUAUCUUACGGACGAAGCAGAUACUUCUACUACACUUACUUCAAGAACAGCGUUAGUACAGUUGUAGGUGAACACUUCCAAUUCACUUUUUGCAUCCUAAUUAGGUUUUGAGACAAUACCUCGUGCUAGGUAAAUGAAUGAAUGAAUGAAUGAAUGAAUGAAUGAAUGAAUGAAUGAAUGAAUGAAUCACUUCUGUGAAAUGCACUGAUGUUUUCUGAGCCCAGACUUCUGGAGCCCUGGCCGCUGCCUGUCGCAAGCCAGAAAUCUCUUAAUCUUAAUCUUCGGUAAUUUUGAAAGCAAGAAAUUAACACUUAUCAUGAUAGCGGCGUUGGUCCACUAGGACGAAGGAGCGACUAUUCUGCAAGUUGAAGUUUUUGUCUUAACAGCAAAGGCAAUAUCCCGAUUUCCUCCUCUAAUCCUUCCCACCACGCUUUUGGGUGAACCUGUGCCGCAUGACCCAGAUCUCAGUAUCCCGAACCUUCCUCUAGAGCCCGAAGCCGCAGAAAAACAACAAAGGGAAGUGAUUGAAAGGGUACUUGGAUAGUGAAGAAAAUUAUAGUUAUAAGGACGCCAAGAUUCUGUUCAGAGUACUAGAGAAGUAACGUCCUGUUGAACUACAUGCAACAAGAAUCGGUCCUUCACGCUCGUCAAAUUCAAAAUCCCAUAGGUCCUAGACAAGUUGACGAGGAAGUUUUUGCACAAGGUUUUUCCUCCGGGAGCAGAGGUGAAUAACCGCGAUUCUCUCUACAUGGGUCGUGCGGGGUGCGCGCUUCUCUGCCUGAAGAACAAGAGCUACUUCUUGGGUCAUGACUAUUUUUACGGCUGAACUGAUUCAUCGCAUUGUAAUUCUCGAGAAAUGCUGAAAGAUUCGUUCUCUAUCUGUCUACUAUUAGCUGCACUUUGGUAUAAGAUCAUGAAUCAGUAUAAGAGUAUGAGAGGAGACACACGAGCUUCGAUAGAAGACAUUUCCCAUGCUAUACUUGGUACAUUAGCAACAUCAUUGAUAAUUUCAGUAGUUGAAGGAAAUAGACACACUCCCAUGCUGUUGGUACAUUAGCAAUGACGUUACCUAAGCCGAAACGUCUCUAAUUGCUCAUGAGCGAGUUGGUCGACAAGCUGCAUUACCGGCAUUUGGACCAAGCCAUCAGCGAUUUUCUCACCCCAAGUAUCACGUGGGGUCAAGACCGCAAGGAAAGGAGCAGCUUAUGGACAGGUAUUCUAAGCUGUUGGGUAUCUGCAGGGUCCCAUCGCAGUUGUUCAACAACACUUUGUAUACCUGAUCGCGUUGUUCAUACCUUCCGCCACACUAUCAGCAACAGUCCCUCCUACCACCACCACCACCACCACCACCACUCCAAAAGGUUCGCCAUUCUAUCCAGGUUUGGAAAUAGGUCUGUCUAGAUGAAGUGUCAAAUUUGGAGGGUCAAGGAUACAACAUAAUCCUCCUCCUACCACGAGGAUAGGCUCCAUGGGGCUGCGUUUCGCGCGAUUAUAUCACAAGUGGGUCUUAGAAACGGAUACACCAGUAACUACGGGAACGGCCCAGGAUGAUGUGGAUUUGAAUCUGAUGGAGGAGAACGUGAAUUGGAUGGAGUAUCUGCCAGGAGAAGGAGAAGGAUUUUUGUGUGUUAUGGGGAAGGUACAAGUACUGCUAGCGUCUUGGCCUCUGGCCUUGCUCUCCAUCAGAACUAGUAGUCUCGACGGGUAGGUGCUACGGACAGCUGCGCUAUCAGGGACUGUGUACACGUGACAAGUUGGCUGAAACGACCUCAACACCAUUUGACAGGUUGGACCAUGAGGUAGCAUGACAUGACAUGACGCCCUCAAAUCUUAUCUCUACGGGUACCUCACAUUUAAAUCACAUCUCUACGGGAUGCGUUGUAGCCUCUUUACCAACAGGAAUUCAAGACGUAGCACGAGGUAUCAUAACAUAACAUAACUUGCCGGUAGUCUACUAAGGUGACUACUUGGGACGCGAGUGAAUGAAUGAGUUGUGGUAUGCGGUGUAUAAGUAGGUCUAAGAGUAUAUUCUUCUAACUUUGGCCGCGCGGGUUAUUUGCGAGCACUGCUUUGGCUGUUGAGCGCAUGCAGGUAUUACUUUUGAUUACUUUGUAUUUGGACAGAUUAUUGGCCAUUACUAUAAUUCUGUACUUAUAUACCUUUUACCUAUCCUUACUUUUUCUUCCUAGUUAGCUUGGCUUCACCCGUAUAUGGACAGACUAUUGUACCAAGAUUGUUUGGUUGCUUGGUAAGAUCAAGGUAUAUUUGUAUUUCGUCUUCCAAUCGAUCAAUCGAUCAAUCAAUCAGUCAGUCAGUCAGUUUCUCUCUCCACAACUCAGGUAUCCGAAGACAGAGGAGCGACUUUUGUCGAUGAUUCGCACUAACGCUUUGGCUAUGAUCGAAUCCUUGACCAAGUAUGCGCACGAAAACCAAUACGAGACGACCUGUAUCCCGUCUUCUACGGUGUUCGUUUCCCUACCACUUCGAUGCCAGCAGCUGACUGAGACGACGAACACUUUGUUGUUAUGAAGAUGAACCCGCACUUAAAGCAGUAAGAGGUGGUGAAAGCGGUCUUGACGAAAGUUCGUCAAUCCCAAAGAGAAGCGCCUAAAAAAGGUUAAAAAAUAGAAAAAGGGAAGUGCAACAAUCAAGUCCUGUGGGCGACCUCUUGCUAGGUAAAUGAAUGAAUGAAUACGAGCAAUAGCUGUUUUCAAAAGUUUUUACCUUCAAUAACAGCGAACCUCAAACAGAUCAGACUACUUUUUCCUUUCCUCUAAUCUCCAUCAAGCAAGGGGAUGUGGGCGGAAGCAUGGGUUUGAUGGGCAUUUUCUACGUUUUGCUGCUCAUAGUAAGGGAGUGGAAUAAACGCGAACUCGAAGUGCUAGAGUGGCAGGAGGAAAUUCUAGAUGCUUUGCGGUUUCUAGAAACCAAGGAGAAUAUCUGGAAUGGAUAUCCAGAAAAUUUGAUUAUGAAGCCGUGAGUUAUUAGGUGGAUCCAUUCCUAUCCCAUUCCCAGUAUCCUAGUGUGAAGGUCAAGAUAUGUAAGUGAGUAAAAAAAGGAGUCCUUCUUAUACUUACAGUAGGAGGUUGAUUUUCAUCUUCAGAAGCCUAUGCAGGAAGAGGUGGUAGUUACAGUGUGCAAGUGUAAUUGAUGUUGUCUAGGUCAUAGUCUUUUGUGUCCUUCUUCAUGACAGGAACGGCUCACGACACUUAUUUCUUUCUAUUUAGAAGUAUGAGCCGCAUAGAGCUUCCUCUUCUUCUAGCUUUUCAUAGCCUAUGCCUGUAGAUAGUCUGAGCACAGUUCCCAUGCAAAUCUAUCUCUCUUUCAUACUUUGCGACGAAUGGGGUGGCGGUCGAUUUACGGAAAAUACGUUCAACAACGGCGCAACUGCCGCAGUCUGGCUCUACAAUUUGGCGUACGAGGUCUACGGACGAGAUAGUUUUAAGGAGACAGCAGAACGAGCAGCCGAGCACGCAUGGCAGACUAUGGCUCACAGUGAAUAGACUAGCUUUAUAGGACACAAAGUUUGUUGUCGUCGUUCUCAUUUUUCAAGUCGUAACAGGUCCAUCUGGAGCUUCUCGUUGAGCAGUUUUGUACAACAGACGAGACAGGUCACCCUGUGGAAGGCGAGUCAACUCCUAUUCUAUCCUAAAGAGGCGAAUCAACUCCUAUUCUAUCCUAAAGAGGCGAAUCAACUCCUAUUCUAUCCUAAAGUCAAAGUUUCUUGUCGUCCUUCUUAUGUUUUCACUUCUAGAAUAGAAGCUCCCUCGUCGGAAGUUCAUCUUCGUGGUAACAAGUGAGUUUCCGACGUUGUUCAGUGAAUUGAGGAUGAGCAAUCCAACCGAUAUGUUAGGUAACGAUGAGGAGUUCCACCACCACUGUCAGAGAAAUUACGUAGACUCAGGGAAUUUUUUUUCAAAGAAAUUACGUAGACUCAGGGAAAUUUUGCAAGCAGGAUCACAACUGCUAAAAAUUUUGCUCUCUUCUAAUCGUAAAGCAUUGACCAUAGCAGAGAUUGGCGUGGAUGAGAUUCGUAAGAGCCCUGCCUUGAGUAUUGCUCUCGUGCAGUACGAUGCAGAUGGGCAAAAAGCAAAGAGGGCAAAGCUACAUGGAAGUAUAAUCAUCAUCCAGACGGUGUUUAAGUAGUGCAAGCAGUGUGAUGUAUAGGAAGCUCUCAUGAAGAUGAUCCUCAGAAUAUUGUACUUACUUGUGUAUGUGCAUCUACACUGUUGUACUAAUCCAAAUCCAUGCAAUUCAACACUACAGCUGGCCGACAUGAGGAGAGUUCGGAACAGUUCAGUAGUAAGAUGCGAAGUGGACACUCGACCUCAGUAAGCGGAAUGGGCGCAUACAAUAACUCUUCACCGAUUUUAUGGCAGAUAGUAUAGAACAAUUUUGUAGAAGUAGAAGCACGUAGAAGCAUCCAUAGGAGAAACCACAAUGUCUCUGUCUGAAGAGUUGCUAUAUUACUGUAGUUUUGAGUCACAGUAUAGCAUUAUAGAUACGGCAAUUUUUUGCAAAAAAGGACCUCUCUAAUUCGGCCACCCUUGCCUCCGCGCGUAACCUCCCGACACCGAACGCAGCGGGAGACGCAACAUGUUCAAAGUCCGAGUGGACGCACUACGCAUGCACCAAAAGAGCACUAAGAAGAGGAGGUCGAUAAGAGAAGUAGGUUGCUUUUCCCUCGUACGUCCUCUUCCUUCCUAGCUUUCAAUAAGAGAAGUCUUACGCUGGCUUAGUGGAAGAACACAAGUAGAGUUUUUGCGGCUGUCUUUAGCUAUUCCUCACAAGGAGUAGACGUAUUUCUUUUCUCUCUAAUCUGAAUACGAUGAUGACCCACAGAGUGAUGAGGAGGAGCGAAAGGAUUUUAGGAUUUACGGCAUCAAUGUCAAAGACAAGCGUGGCCGCACCAGUGGAAGGCAGGCGCAAGUGAAGUUAAGACAGGUUUUUGAGAUUUUCAGCGAGAACAUGUUGACAGGCGCCAUCAAGCGAGGUGUACGCCGAAGAGGGUAAUGGCUCAUUGAACAAGAUGAGAAUCAUCGAAAACUCAAAAUAACCGAGUAGCCAACUGAAAUAAAAGAGCACUCCUACGCUCCUUUUCUUUCAGUAUGAUCUCCCUUAUUCUAAGUACUAGUUGCUCGCUUAUUAUAGUAGUUAUCGAAUAGCCGUAUACUUUGAUCUUCUAAGAAAAGGUUUUCUGUUGCCGUUGAAGGGGGAGAGCAAGAAGAUUGUUUCGCCUUUUGGAAAGAGAGCGAAGUCCGAGGAAGAUGAGAUGCCAAUGAGUGUCUCUCAUCCGGAUAAGUACUUUUUACACAUUAUGGAUUACCUUAAUAGAGUACUAGUGAUCUCAAUCGAUCUUUACAUUUUUCCACUUAAAUUGCUUGGAACUCUUCUUCAGAAGAUGCACUUUGUUCACCCUUCUAACAACACCAAAAUCAACAGAUUCAUUGUAUUGCCUAAACCAACUACAAUAUGAUCCAAAUGGAAAUUUCCAACACAAAUCUCUCCAGGAUGGGUAUCCUCCACGACGAUUAUUUCAAGAGCACACGUAGCGUGUACAGUGACACGCGAUCGUGGUUGUCCCACGAACCUCUGGUAUUUUAAGGGUAGUUCAUCACUAUCCCAUGUGGACUGUACUGAGUGAAGUCCCCCCUGAGCUGAUCUGAAGGGGAAAAUAAAGGGGGAAAAGGGCAACUCACGCGACCAGGGAUAGCGAGAAACUUCCUCUAAGUAUUGUCGGCUAAGACGGGUAGGAGCGUUGCUACCCGACCAUUCCUGAUCAACCAUGGUAAGGGGCCUUUAGCCAGAAUCGAUAAUGUGCGGAAUGUCAUUAUGGAGGAUAGUAAUGAUAGGAGCAUUUUAUUUAGAUGGCUUUGAUAUUAACAGUUGUGUAUUUGAUGUGUUUAUUUUUGUCAGAGUUGUUUGAUUCGUUAUGAAUGUGUGUUAUGAAGAGCAGACGCAGAAAGUCACUAUAAACAUUUAAAGACGGAAAUCGUUGAGCGUUUUUUUUUUGUUUUAAUUAGAGCCUAUUUCUCUCUAAUCCUCGCACUUGGGACGGCGGGGUGUUACGGCUUGGCGAACAACAGUCCAUGUUCCAACCAGAGUUGACGAAGCGAGUGCUGGAUCACAGUCUCUUCUCCGGUGCAGCAGGAAACGGAUACGCAAUGUUGAAGAUGGUAUACAGUUACAGUCUUUCUAUGUACUAGACGAUUCUUGAUUCGAACAAAGCGCCCUUGUCACUACAAGAAGUGCUCGUUCCUUACGCCGUAAACUUAACGGAGGAUCACUAACCACCCGUAAACACCCCUAAGGAUUCCUAGCCAGCGGCUCACGACCCCUAUUAACCACCAGUAGUAACUGCUAAGCAUCCCUAGCCACUCGUGAACACCCCUCAUAAGUCCCUAAACACCUAAACACCUAAGAACCCCUAACCACUGCAGGCCAAAAGUUCGGACCCUGACGCCGAUAAGUGGUUGUUUCGUGCCAGACAGCUAGCCUAUGUCAUGUGCGAUCAGGCUGAGCGCGACAUCGACUCCUUGGGCGCCGUCGAUUUCCAACUGGGAGAAGGCUUCGCGGGUCUCAUGUCGUUCUUAAUCGACGUGCUGAACCCUCAUUCGGUGGAAGCGAAAUUUCCGCUGUUUGAGUAGAGAAGGAAAAAAAAAAAUCGGAAAUCCGGUAAACCGGUACCUCUCAGAAAUGCGGAUAGAAUAACAAGAAACUAAUACUAGACACCAUUCUUCAUGUGAAAAAUUUAGAGCACUAUCGUAACCUGGUCAACGCACUAUUGUAACCUGGUCAACUACAACAACUAUUGAAAUACAGAAAACUGAUAUGCUCCCAUGUGAAAAUACUAAUAGCCUGAGCCUGAACUUCUACAUCAAGGACAUUCAUCAUGUUGAACAAAUAUCAUACUCAAGGCUUCCUUGAGACUGUCAUGAGCACCUCCACGUUCGCAUGGCUAGUAUUCUGUCAGAGACUAUAUCAUAAAGCUUGGCCUAUCUAUCAAUCAUAAUAUGCUUCUCAUCGCUGGGUAUAUAUUUUUUUUCCUGGGAUUUUUCAUCUGAAUCGUAUUUUUGGUAAUCACAGUAUUUGGGUAGUGGGAAAAGGAUUCAAACAAGUCUAAACAAUCUACAACUAUGCCUUUCCGAAAACAUCUUCAUGUACUAUACGAUUUUCAUAUUGAGCAAUUGCUUCCAUCAUACUGAGCAAACAAAGGAACAAAGACAAACUGCACAGACGAGCACUUCAUCUAAUGAGACAGACGUGAAAAAAGAGGAAAAUUGGCACACCACGAUUGCACGACACUAUGCAUGAACAAAUGUACAAAAGUCAUUAAUACCGCAGCUACUUGUGAACAUGAUGAACAUGAGAACCAUUCUCGUGCGUUGAGGAGCAAGAAUGAGUCGAUUGUUUUGUAUAAUAAAUGCGACAAAAUGAGACCUACAGGGCUGCUCAACAUUUUGAAAACACGAAGAUUUGCUCAACAGUCUUUGACGAACAUACGUCAAUGAAGCAAAAUAAAGAUGAGUUCUUGGCUUCUAAUCGCAUGGUGCGCGCAUCGUCGUGUUCCAUGGCUAAGCCCGGCCUUU